AUGAAGGAUCUGCGCGGCACUUUACCUGAAGGUUCGGAACCACUGAAGAAUAUUGUUCAUCAACAUACCCGGCUGCUCCUUGGUGUCACCGGAACCGAUCUCAAAACACUCCCCCUACAACCAAAUGCCGAAGAGCGAGAUCUUGCAGUUCAGAGGGGAAAAAACCUUGGAUUCGACCAACCACGUCCAACAGCACCAGCAAGCACCAGCAAUCAUACCCAAGCAUACAAAAGCUGGCUGCAAACCCAGUUACGUGAUCUGGGUUUAACACGCUUCACCUUUGACUGGGAAAGUUCCUGGAAACACCCUUUCAAUCAGCUUAUGGAUGUAGUUUUUUAUCGGACUCUUAGCAUGGCUCUUCACUCAGGAGAGUAUAACAAUCAUCCUUGGUCACCUGAUCAUGCUACCCAUGCGAUAGCUUCAGCCUUACUUGAACGAUACUUCAAUCAUCUUCAGACUCAGUGGAAGUUGAUCCAAAAGGGUGGCGAAACUGCGUUGGAUGCACAAAAGGCACGGAACAGGUCUAUAAAGACACGCUCAAGGGUUUGUGAAAGAAGGCAGCAGUGGUGUGAUGAAAACGGUUAUCCAGAGCUUGCAGCUCAGUUCAAGGACCCAGCAGUUUGCUCCGAUACCGAGGAGAUAUUGGUUGAUCGUGUUACAAAACAUAGAAAAUUGAAGUUGAGCUGGAGAUCUGAUGGGUUUUCUGCCCUGGUCAAAACUAUUGAUCAUGAAAUUCAGGUUGGAUCACGGAUUGGAAAAUCGAGACGGAAGAAGAAGUUCAUAGCACGGGAGGAGCCAGAAAACACGGAGGAGAAUCCAAGAAUCCCAGAAAGGCUCUCCAGGCAGGUUUACAAAGAAGAAUGGUUAAAAAACUUGACUCCAGGCACCAUUGAAAAUCUUAAAAUCAAAGAGGUUCGUAUUAUGACUGAUGAUUUCAUGCCUUAUGCUGCCCAUGCAAGCUAG